AUGCCAAAGAUAUACUGUUUAGCAGAUGUGUGUAUGGUCCCCCUUGGGACCGGCUCGCCCAGCGUCUCUGACUUCGUUGCCCUUGUCGAGAACAAGAUUCGUCAAUCGCACUUGAAGAGCACGCUGCACAGUGCCGGGACGACGAUCGAGGGUCCCUGGGACGAGGUGAUGACUCUGAUUGGUGAGCUGCACGAGUUUGCACAUGCAAACGGGUACGAGAGGGUGCACGCAGAUGUGCGUAUCGGUACCAGGACGGACAAGCAUCAGACCGCGAACGACAAAGUCAUCACUCUGAAUGAGAAGAUCGCCAAGCUGAACCAGUAA